CUACGUCGCCAAAUCUUCCUCCGCGCCAUUUCUUCUUCCGAAAAGCUGCUCUUCCUUCCAAUUUCCAAACCUUGGCUACUCUCUCUUUCACUCUCUCUCUCUCUCUCUCUCUCUCUCUCUGCAGUUGAAUUGCAUGUUUUUUUUUUCUUUUCUUUUUUGAAAGGUAAAAAUAGUUUUAUUGAUGAGGUAAUUACAAAGAUAGAAGGGGAAUGCACAAAUAUGCUCGGAGAGCUGCUCGGCGGCUGUUACAGGUCUAAACUUUUCAUUUUCAUCGACUGGAUUUGUUGGUUGGUUCGAUAAAUGUAUUGUCGUCGUCGUCGUCGUCGUCUGCUUAAUUAAUUUGGGGAAGUGGAGGAGCGGUAUGAGGGAAUUAGGGAAGGCUAAUAGGCGUGGGAGUAUAUGCGUACUGGUAAUUUUGGUGGUGGUGUUGAAUUUAAGGGGAGUUGUUAGAUGUCAGGACGAUGCCAAAAGCCAAGAUGUCGCCAUGGGUAAUCCGGCGGCCGUUCAGCUCUUGACGGAGCUCGUCUACAGCCGUCUUACCAACCUCACCGCCAUUUUCAGCGAUGACAUUCUCCGUCGCUUAAAUUUCUGCAUCAAAGAUGUGCAAGCAGAAUGGAAUGCAGCAUUCAAUUUCACAUCAGACUUGGCAUUUUUGUCCAACUGCAUUCGAAAAACAAAAGGUGAUCUCAUGCAGCGUUUGUGCACGGCAGCAGAAAUAAAGUUCUACUUCAAUACUUUCUUUGAGAGUGGGUCAAAGAGUACCAAUUACCUGAAACCAAACAAGAACUGUAACUUAACCACAUGGCUACCUGGAUGCGAGCCUGGAUGGGCUUGCAGUGUUGGUCCAAACCAGAAAGUUGAUAUAAAAAAUUCAAAGGACUUGCCUGUCAGAUCUCAAGACUGUGGAGUUUGUUGCGAAGGUUUCUUCUGCCCUCAUGGUAUCACUUGCAUGAUACCUUGCCCAUUAGGUUCCUAUUGCCCACAAGCAAAACUCAACAAAACUACUGGUGUGUGUGAUCCGUACACUUACCAACUACCUCCUGGGCAGCCAAACCAUACUUGUGGUGGAGCAGAUGUCUGGGCUGAUGUUGGGAGCACUAGUGAAGUAUUCUGUUCAGCAGGAUCAUACUGUCCAUCCACUGUCAAAAAAGUUCCUUGUAGUAGUGGAUAUUAUUGCAGGACUGGUUCAACAUCUCAAAUAAGGUGCUUCCGGAUGACCACUUGUGAUCCAAAUUCAGCAAAUCAGAAUAUUACUGCAUAUGGCAUCAUGCUUUUUGCUGCAUUAAGUUUUUUGCUUCUUAUUAUGUAUAACUGUUCUGAUCAAGUUCUCACUACUCGGGAAAGACGACAAGCAAAAUCUAGGGAAGCUGCUGCAAAAAGUGCAAGAGAAACUGCACAAGCACGUGAAAGAUGGAAAUCUGCAAAAGAUGUGGCCAAAAAGCAUGCAAUUGGAUUGCAAACACAGCUAUCACGUACAUUUUCUCGUAGAAAAUCUACAAAGCAAUCAGGACUGCUAAAGAUUCUGAGUAAAGCUAAACCCGGAACAGAAGCUGCCUUGCCACCUAUGGUGCCAGAUGCAUCUCAGCAAUCAUCUGCUACCUCAAAAGGAAAGAAAAAGGAACGUAGUAACCUUACAAAGAUGAUGCAUGCAAUUGAGGAUGACCCAGAAAGCAAUGAAGGUUUCAAUCUGCAGAUUGGGGACAAAAAUUUGAAGAAGAAUAUCCCCAAGGGCAAGCAACUGCACACUCACAGUCAAAUUUUCAAGUAUGCAUAUGGUCAGAUUGAGAAGGAAAAAGCUCUACAGGAGCAGCACCAGAACUUGACCUUCUCCGGGGUAAUUUCAAUGGCUACUGACGUUGAAAUUGAAAAAAGACCUACAAUUGAGGUUGCUUUCAAAGAUUUAACCCUUACCUUGAAAGGGAAAAAAAAACAUUUAUUGAGGUGCGUAACAGGGAAAAUCAUGCCUGGCCGUGUUUCUGCUGUCAUGGGCCCAUCUGGGGCUGGGAAAACAACAUUCCUUUCUGCUUUGGCGGGAAAAGCAACAGGUUGCACUAUGAGUGGUACGAUUCUUAUAAAUGGAAAGGUAGAAUCUAUCCAUUCAUACAAGAAAAUUAUUGGUUUUGUGCCACAAGAUGACAUAGUGCACGGAAACUUGACAGUGGAGGAGAAUCUCUGGUUCAGUGCAAGGUGCAGGCUAUCAGCUGACCUACCAAAACCAGAGAAAGUUUUAGUUGUCGAAAGAGUUAUUGAGUCCCUGGGGCUGCAGGCAGUGCGGGACUCCCUGGUAGGAACAGUGGAAAAGCGGGGGAUCUCUGGAGGCCAAAGAAAACGAGUGAAUGUUGGGUUGGAAAUGGUCAUGGAACCUUCACUCUUAAUAUUAGAUGAACCCACAUCUGGUUUGGACAGUUCAUCUUCUCAGUUGCUACUUAGAGCACUUCGCCGUGAAGCUCUCGAAGGAGUGAACAUUUGUACGGUGGUUCACCAACCAAGCUACACUUUGUUCAAGAUGUUUGAUGAUUUGAUACUUCUAGCAAAAGGUGGUCUUACUGCAUAUCAUGGAUCUGUGAAGAAAGUUGAAGAAUACUUUUCUAGUCUUGGUAUCCAGGUCCCUGAGCGUGUUAAUCCUCCAGACUACUUCAUUGACAUUCUGGAGGGCAUAGCAAAACCAAGCACAAGCUCAGGUGUCAAUUAUAAACAACUUCCUAUUCGAUGGAUGCUUCACAAUGGCUACCCACUGCCCCCCGAUAUGCUUGAUGAGGCUGCUGGGCUAGAAGGAUCUGCACAUGGGGGAAAUUCAACUCAUGGAGGAAAUUCUUCUGCUGGUGCACCUGAAGAACAUUCUUUUGCUGGAGACCUAUGGCAAGAUAUGAAGUGUACAGUUGAGUUGAAAAGGGACAAUAUACAACAUAAUUUCUCAAAAUCUAAAGACUUAUCCGACCGAUUAACCCCGGGUGUUUACCGGCAAUACAGAUACUUCCUUGGGAGGGUUGGCAAGCAGCGGCUAAGGGAUGCUAGGAUACAAGCUGUAGAUUAUCUUAUAUUAUUGCUUGCUGGAGUUUGCUUAGGAACACUAGCAAAAGUGAGCGAUGAAACGUUUGGAGCACUUGGUUAUACUUACACAGUCAUUGCAGUUUCCCUACUUUGCAAGAUUGCUGCUCUGAGAUCAUUUUCCACAGAUAAAUUGCACUAUUGGAGAGAAAGUGGAUCUGGCAUGAGCAGCCUAGCUUAUUUCCUCGCAAAGGAUACAAUUGACCAUUUUAAUACAAUCAUCAAGCCUGUGGUUUAUCUGUCGAUGUUCUACUUCUUUAACAACCCCAGAUCAACUUUCACAGAUAAUUACAUCGUUUUGCUCUGCUUGGUAUACUGUGUGACUGGUAUGGCUUAUGCAUUUGCCAUCCUAUUUGAACCUGGUCCAGCCCAACUGUGGUCAGUGCUUGUUCCUGUUGUUUUGACUCUUGUUGCAAACCACAACAAUGGAAAUGAGUUUGUGAAGGGACUGGCAAAUGUGUGCUAUACUAAAUGGGCUUUGGAAGCAUUUGUGAUAGCAAAUGCUGAAAGGUAAAUUGAUGUCAUCAGGCAUGAGCUUAUCAGAAGGGAGCUCAUGAGCAUCUAUUACCUGAUCAUGAUUGGGUGUGGACUCAUAAUUGCUCGGAGCUAUCACCGGUUCCAACUCUCUUGGUGCCUUAGGUAUGAGAUUCUCCCUGUUCUUUGUGUUUGGCUUUCUUGAGUAAACAAGUAUUUUCGUGUUGUUUUGUUUUUCUGCAUCUCUCGCUGAGUGAUCUUUUGUACAUGACAAGUCAAGAAAUGAUGCAAUGGUAGACUCUGUGUAUGGCACAGAUUCAUAAAUAGAGAAAUCAAAAAACUGAUCUUCAUU